AUUCUAUAUUCAGCCAAUCGGUCGUUCUUCGCUGGCCUUGUCUUGUCGUCUAUUGAUCCUAUCGACUUCUUUGCAUUCAUGAUUACAGUCUAUACCCCUCCAUGUGGGGCGCUUGUUCCUGCGCUUGUAUUUAUGCAAGGAUGUUACACAACCGCCCCUUCAAAUGCUGAUCUUCAGCAAUUGCAUCGUGGGCACGUGGGCUUCUACCCAAACGCGAGUCGACACGAUCAGAAGAACAAAUCAAAGGAAGCUCGAAGCUAUCAAGGUACUGUAGGAAGUUUGUUUUUUUGGGGUCUCAGGUAAAUAUAAACCCUCUCGUCGCUCUUUUCUUUUCCAGUCAACCUGUCACCCGCGUGGCGUUUUUUCUCCAGUUCUUUUCGGCUUCACCAUCUUCACAAUGGCGCGAUUCCCAGCUGUCUUGGCUACGGUCGUUUCCACCUUGCUCCAGGCAUUCCCCGCCAAUGCUGCCACCGAUGCCGCGGCCGCCAAUGCGACUAUGAACUCCCAGAUUCGCCUAGCGUACGCCGGUGAUACGGGCAUGUUCGUUAGCUGGAACACUUUUGAGCACCUGUCGAACCCAACUGUGCACUACGGUCUUUCCCUGGAUGCAUUGACCGAGACAGCUUCAUCUGAGGUUUCGAUAACAUACCCUACUUCACUGACAUACAACAACCACGUCAAGUUGACCGGUCUCAAGCCGGACACGCUGUACUACUAUCUCCCAGGCCACCUUUUGACCGCUACCGACACGUCGGUCCCAUUUACUUUCAAGACCAGCAGAUCUGCUGGAGAUGGCACGCCUUACUCCGUGGCCAUGUUUGCUGAUCUUGGCACUAUGGGCCCGCUCGGUCUCACAACAUCCGUUGGCAAGGGCGGAGACAGUUUCCUUGAAAUUGGCGAAAGAAACACGAUUGAGUCCCUAGAGGCUGAUACUAGCAAAUUCGAUUUCAUGUGGCACGACGGAGAUAUUGCAUAUGCCGACUACUGGCUUAAGGAGGAGAUCCAAGGUUUCCUCCCUAACACCACUAUCGCUGAGGGAUACAAGGUCUACGAGUCCAUCCUGAAUGCCUUUUACAACGACAUGGCCUCGGUCACCGCGUUCAAGCCUUACAUGGUUGGCCCCGGUAACCACGAGGCAAACUGUGAUAACGCAAGGGCAACCGAUAAGGCAAAGAACAUCACCUACGAUUCCAGCAUCUGCAUGCCCGGCCAGACUAACUUCACGGGUUUCCGCAACCACUUCCGCAUGCCUAGCGAGGAGUCCGGUGGCGUUGAGAACUUCUGGUACUCUUUCGAUCAUGGGAUGACGCAUUACAUCCAGCUGGAUACCGAGACCGAUCUCGGCCACGGCUACAUUGGCCCCGUUGAGGCCAAUGGAACCGAGGGAUUCUCGGAAGGCCCAUUCGGAAUCAUGAACCAGCAGACUACCUGGUUGGAGGACGAUCUGAAGUCCGUGGACCGCACCAAGACUCCUUGGGUCAUCGUUGCUGGCCACCGUCCUUGGUACCUAAGCGCUAAGAACGAAUCCUUCACCAUCUGCUGGGGCUGCAAGGAGGUCUUCGAGCCCCUCCUGAUCAAAUACAACGUUGACCUGGUCUACUCCGGCCACGCACACGUCUACGAGCGCCUCGCCCCCAUGAACAACGGUGUCAGCGACCCUAACGAGCUCAACAACCCAGCCGCACCAUGGUACAUCACCAACGGCGCCGCUGGCCACUAUGACGGUCUCGACGCCCUCAACGAGCACCAUGACUACUCGCGCUUCGACCUUGACAUCGAGGACCACGCGUACGGCUGGAGCAGAGUCACCUUCCACAACUGCACUCACAUGACGCACGAGUACAUUGCGAGCAGGAACGGCAGCGUGCUCGACUCGGCGACGCUGAUUAAGGACCGCAAGUGUGCGUUUUCGUCUGGCGGUGGUAAUGGCACCGUGACGCCAACUGGACCUUCUACUGUCCUGACUGUACCAACUAGUGAUGGUGGCGUGAUCUCUGCUCUUUCGAGACUAGUUGCCUUUGCGCUAGUUAACUUUGCGCUUUAGUACAUAAUACUAUGCUACGCCGCCUUUAUCAGUGUGCGGCGAAUCACCUCCCGAAUACGAUUCGGCGAUUCGGUGAUUCAUUCAUAUGAGGUAUUCGCCGAAUCAUGACUCGAAUCUAAUUUGAGUCAUGAUUCGAAUCUUUUAAGGCUUAAAUAGAGUGUAUGAAUAUUGAAAACUAUAGAAAAUAUUUAACUAUGCCUAACCUAUAACGUACAUGUAUAGCGAAAGCGCCAAACAAGCGAACGCGCCAAAAUUAUCUACCCUCACGACAAACAUUGCGAUAAAUCUAC